UUUCUGUCAUAUUUCUGUUCAGUCCAUGUGGGACCUGAGCUGCUCCACACCUACUCAAACUACUACAAGUACGAUAUUCUCCUGCUGGUUGUUCGCCUGGCUGUGCUGGCCGCUGUCACACUUACAGUUCCUGUGGUGCUCUUCCCUAUUCGUACCUCAGUCGGCCACCUGCUGUUCCCAGGAAAAGACUUCAGCUGGAUCCGUCACGCUAUCAUCACCCUGACCCUGCUAACAGGAACCAACAUUCUGGUCAUCUUUGUCCCGAGCAUCAGAGAUAUUUUUGGCUUUAUUGGUGCCUCUGCUGCUGCAAUGCUGAUCUUCAUCCUGCCCUCAGCUUUCUAUAUCAAACUGGUUAAGAAGGAGUCAAUGAAAUCCAUGAAGAAGAUUGGAGCUAUGAUGUUCCUGAUAUUAGGAUUUGUUGUCAUGUUUGGCUGCAUGACUCUUAUCAUCUACGACUGGAUCAUGAACGCUAUGAAAGACAAAGGUCACUGAAGCUCCCGCUCUUCUGCUGGUGGACAGGAACUGAAAUUUAUUUUCUUUCAAUUUUAUUUUAAAGUAGUUUUGCUUUAAUGUACUAAAAUAUCAAUUAAUCCUAAUCCUAAAAGAUACUUUCAGUUAAACAGCACCUAUUUAAUAUUUACCCUAAACUCCUGUGGCUUUACACAGGUUCUAAGGUCUCAGACUCUUUGUGCUCAAUAUAAUCUGGAUAGAUAUAUUUUAAUUACACAUUUUGUAAGACUGCAAAUAAAAAAAUUAUAGCAACUUUAAAUCUAAUAUUUUUUAUAAAGCACUUCAGUGCUGCUAUAGAAAAGCUGGCCCGACUAGAUUUUCCACGGCCCGCUGAGACUGAUUUAUAUUAUAGUCAUCUUUUUAUAUAUAUAUAUAAAUGCUGUUAACAUUUUUGUAAAUAAAGUAAUGUACUACCUUUUGAACCUCC